GCAAAGUUUCCAAUUAUCAUCAGGAAUUUAACGUUUUCGUUACAUUGCUGAAUUCCCUUAACCAGAAAUGGCCAUCAAAAACCUCACCAGAGGCUUCAUUUUUCUAAUGGCAGCAACCAUCAUGGCAAGCCAAGUGAAUGGUUUAAUGUCCUACCCAAGGUCAUUAUGGGACGUGAUGAUCCCCCAAGACCCGUUUAGAAUCCUCGAACACAUACCACUCGCCGUCCCAAAAGCCACGGAGACGAUGGCGGUGGCAUUGGCUCGUGCCGAUUGGAAAGAAACACCGCGGUUCCACGUAAUCGCCGUCGACAUCCCGGGGAUGAAGAAGGAAGAUCUGAAGAUCGAGGUCGAAGACAACAGAGUGUUGAGGAUCAGCGGCGAAAGAAAAGAGGAGGAGGGAAUGGAAGGAGAGAAAUGGCACAGUGCGGAGAGGACGAAUGGGAAAUUCUGGAGGCAGUUCAGGAUGCCUGGGAAUGCAGACUUGGAUCACAUCAAGGCUCAUUUGGAAGAUGGGGUUUUGAAGAUCACUGUGCCCAAGUUCGCCGAGGAGGCCAAGAGGCAAUCUAAGGUUAUCGACAUUGGUUCGUCCGCUGCUACUGGGGAGAAUGUUGAGACCACCUCAAAGGCUGCCCAGUAGUCGUGCAUGUGGAUGUGAUGUGUCUUCGUUUUAUGUGAUUGGUUUGAUUAGCAAUAACUUGAUGUUAUCUUAUGUUUGUUGAUCGUGAUGAAAUGAUGA